CGCAGUUCACGACGAUCCAGCAAAACAAUGCGCGGUGUAUGUCCCUGAAAAUCCACCAAUCGAUAAUAGAUUGGAAUAUUACGCGUUAUAUACAUCCAAUUAUAAUACAGGACACCCAGAACAGGGCGUGGUUUAUUGGCGAGGCUGCGCCGCGACGCCAUUUCAUGCACUCAAUCGCUCGGUGUCUGCUGAACAAGCUGGUACGGACUGUAUCCACAAUAACAGCACCGAAUUUAAAUCGUUUUUAGUGUAAAUCUUCCGGUAUUGGUCAUUCAGCCAAUGAAAUUACUGAAGUUUCGAUGUGACUUGUGAUAACCGCAACUUUUACAGCCUAAUUUGCAUUCAAAUCAUGGAGUCUGGUCUAAAAACUUCUUACCCAGCAACCAGUAGCCUUAUGGCCAGUAACGUAACCAACAAGACAGAUCCACGGUCUCUAAACUCCCGGGUGUUCAUUGGCAACCUAAAUACUUUGCUGGUGACCAAGGGUGAUGUAGAGGCCAUCUUCAGUAAGUACGGCAAGAUAGUAGGCUGCUCCGUGCACAAGGGCUUCGCGUUUGUUCAAUACGCCAAUGAGAGGAAUGCUAGAGCGGCGGUAGCAGGAGAGGAUGGGAGGAUGAUUGUUGGACAAGUGCUUGACAUUAAUCUGGCGGGUGAACCAAAGCCUCAUCGGUCAAAACCCAUUAAGCGUUCUGCAGGAGAUAUGUUCAGUUCUUCAUUCGAUCUGGACUAUGACUUUCAGAGAGAUUACUAUGAAAGGAUGUACUCGUACCCGUCACGUGUACCCCCACCACCUCCUCCUCUUUCACGGGCAGUGAUUCCAUCCAAGCGUGCACGUGUGAGUGUGAACAGUGGCAGCCGCAGGACAAAGAGCAGCUUUUCAUCCAAAAGCAGCCAGCGUGCCUCCCGCACCAUGAAGGCUGAUGAUCUGCAGACCAUUAAAAAAGAACUUGCCCACAUUAAACAUAAAGUAGACUACUUAUUGGAGAGCCUGGAGUGCAUGGAAAGAGACCACAGCAAGAAAUCAGUGAAAAGUGCUAAAAUGGAGGUGUCACCACAGCACUCAAGUGGAAAGAAAGAGCGUAAUAGUUUGGAAACAAAUGACUAUGAGGAAGAAGGAGAUCUGCUAGAAGAGGAGGAGAUAAAGAGUCAAGGAGGGGAGGAGGAGGAGGAAGAGGAGGGUGAGCAGGAGGAAGGAGAGGAUGAUGGAGACAGCACCAAUGGAGACCAGUCUUAAAGGAAUACUUCACCAGAAUUUGAAAAUUCUCUUUAAACUUACUUGACCUCCUGCCAUUCAAAAUAUAUGACUUUCUGUAGUCGAACAGAGUUUAAGCUUAUUAGUCUUUGUGUGUCAUAUGGCAAAACAUCCGUGUUACAACUAGUCAUAAAACACGAAAGAUGCAGGGAUAUUCAAAGUUAUUGACUUACCACCAUUUUCGAAUUUACAAAUAUAACGUUAGUCAAGUUUGCAUCAGGUAAUGUCAACCAAUAGAGAGUCUGAGGAAGGGUUGUAGAGACCCGAAACGUCACUCCUAAUACAUUUAUGAAAGGGAGCUUUUUGGUGUGCGGAUCCUUCUCUUUUUGUUACUUAUUCAUUGAUUUGAUCCUGCACCCGCAUUUAACUUGGAUGUUCUAUCGUUUUAACCAAUAGAGAUACAACACCUAUUUCAAUGCAUACUAUUUAAGUUGCCUUUGUUCUUCAUCAGCUGCUCAGUCAUGCCCACUUGCGUUCAGUACGUAAGGAAUAAUUGACAACAGGCUGUUGAUUUAUUUGAAAAUAAUGCACACCCAAGUUGGUAAUGCGGCACUCCACUUCACAUUAUGCCAUUACCCCGCAGAUGUGCAUUAUUUUCAAAUAAUUCAAAGAACGGUGUAAAUUAUUCCCCUUCUACCAUGGUUGCCACAUACAUUGCUCUGGUGGUUAUUUUAAGACAUUUGACAGGUCAGGUGUGCAUUUAUCAAAAAAUAAUGCAAACCCAUGGAACAUUUCUCAACAAUUCAGAAUAAAGCAUUUAAAAGCGUUGUUUAAAUGGUUUCAUCAGACGCACGGGCGUUGUCUGAACAGAAUUUAACUUUCGGUCUCUGUUUGACUAGUGGCCAAACUGAACUCUGGAACAAAUACCUUGUCGAAAAUAACUAAUGUUUUGGUUUCCUAAAGACGAGGGAAGACGGUGGUCACAGAUCAUCGCUAUGUGAAAGGAGGUUUGCCAUCUGCAGUAUACAUUUUACACAGUAACAUGGAAUCAGUGUAGUUUUUGAUACGUUUAGCUAUGAUUUCAACUUAGGUUAUUUAAUUGUUCUUUAUUUUGCUUGUGAUCAGAAAUAAACUACUCUAAAAGGACUCCA